AUGGCAGCACCCCCAAUCGCUCAUGAAACUUUUGCUUGGGAAUACAAUGUGUUCUUGAGCUUCGGAGGUGAGGAUACAUGCAAAACUUUCACUGAUCAUCUUUAUUCUGCGCUGUAUCAAAUUGGAAUCCGCACAUUUAGAGAUGAUGAAGAACUCAAAAAGGUGCGUAAGCAAAGUGGGAACUAUGGCUUGAGUUUUGCAAAGCACGAAGAAUAUUUUGGGAAAGGUGAUAAAGUACAAAAGUGGAGAGAUGCUCUCACUAAAGUUGCAGAUAUGUAA